AUGGCUAAGCUCAUUUUCUUCCUCGCCGUCCAAAUCCUCCUCCUCGCCGCCGUUUCCUCCACCGGAGACGACGGGGAAAACUUUGCGAGAACCAUAGAUCGGAAACUGCUCGGUCUCCACAAGAAAGAGAAACUCACCCAUUUCAAAGUUUAUUGGCAAGACAUCUUAAGCGGUCCAAACCCAACCUCCAUCAUGAUUCAGCCACCGGUUACAAACACCUCCUACUUCGGAGCCAUCUCCAUGAUCGACAACGCUUUGACGGCCAAAAUUCCGAUCAACUCCACUUUGUUGGGCCAGGCGCAAGGCUUUUACGCCGGAGCGGCCCAAAAGGAGCUGGGCUUUUUUAUUCCAAAUAGGAGGUUGAUAAGAAAAUAUGCUAAAACAGCAGAAUUAUGGGUAUAA